CGUCGCUACAUCGAUAUGGGUAGGCCAGUGAUCAAUUCAACCGUUCCGCAGCCUGCGUAUAUCGAGAAAUUGAAAAGGUCACUUCGCGUCAGAGAGUUGAAAUGGAGCGAAAUAUCCCCUUGACGGUGGAAUUCACGGGCGGUCUCGAGAUGCUCUUUUCGAAUCAACGAGUCCACAAGAUUUCAAUACCGGCACGUGAUGAUCGCAAAGAACCCUCAAAUGUGGGCUUUCUGAUCAAACACCUCUGCGACAAUUUGAUGAAAGAUCCGCGCAAGGAGAUGUUUGUCAUUGACGAUUCUAUACGACCGGGAGUCUUGGUCCUGAUCAAUGAUGCCGACUGGGAGCUCGAAGGCGAAGACCGCUACGAGCUGCAGCCAAACGACAACAUCGUCUUCGUGUCUACGUUGCACGGGGGUUGAUUCGCUUCUCAAACAAGCUGUUCUUCCUGACCAAGGAUCUGCCAUCCUAAGAGCCUCCACAUCUCUCGGAUGAACCAUUCCCGUCCGUCAGCCUCAUUGA